GCAGACAGGGUCUUGUUACGGUUUGAAGUCUAAAAUUAGGGAGGCACCCCAACUGCAAAUGACGCAAGGAGGCUAAACUAGACAGUCAACUCGUCUUUGUGUCAAUGGUAACACGACUCAGGACCAUGGAAACGUUCCCUACAACUUUGCUGUUGUUGAUGACAUGUUGGGUAUUUUUAGCAGUUGUUGUCAUCCUUCCGUAGCAGCCCGGCUGCGACGUUCAGUAUAAAGGACUCUUUCAAAAUGCAGUUGUACAACAGUGUGCUGACACACUACCCGAGGUCGUCGCGCAAAGUUACGAUAACUUUAUCGACCGGAUCUGAGCGAUUGAACGCAACAGCAUCAACUUCCUCUGUGCCUGAUAAACCAGGGUUUAGUCAACCAGACACAACUCCAACGACCGACGGGGAUCCGGUGAGAGAGACAGCUUCUUCCGCAAACAUGCCUGCCUUUUCGUGUUACGAAGCUUCAUCCAUGAGGCCAAUUUACUUCACGUCGACUGCUGAAAUAUUAAUCCGCAGACCCGAUGGAGUGGAGAGGUCUGUGCCUGUCCAUAUCAUGAGGGAGUCCAAAACCAAACCACCCUCUCCUAACUCGCAUAAUGAAGAAAGCAUCCUCUGUAAGGACUGUGACACUGAUGUGAUAGUGGACUUAAUAGAUCAUCUUAGAAAUGGGUCAGAUGAGCUUUUCCCUGACUGCCCAGAGCUGGUUGCAAAUCACGUUUUCACCAGUAACAACGUUUGUGGACCCAGAGAAGAAGAAUGCAAGAGGAUGGUAGGAAAUUCAAGUGGCGGUGAUUCGUUUUUAAUGACUAAUGCUCCCCUUAGAAGCAAUGGAUGGGCCACAUUACAUGAAGAUGAGCUGGUCCCUUCCAAUGCAGCUCAGCCUGGAGACCGCAUAAAGGAAGAUUUUAAUGAUAUGAGCAGUGGCAAAGCUGCUCCAGCAUCAGAUGAGAGACGGGCCUUUGAGCUCAGUGUUCUGCAGGAUUCACCUCCACAGAUAUGCCAAGAGAGAGGAGAUACCAACAAUAAAGUCACCCGGCACGUGGCUGAAGUGGAGAAACAAAACAAGUACCUCCAGGAGAGGAAUAAAUAUAGGUACCACAUCAUUCCGGAUGGCAACUGUCUGUACAGAGCUGUGUGCAAAGCCACGUACGGGGACCAGGCGAGGCACGGGGAGCUUAGGGAGCAGACGGUGCACCACAUCGCUGACCACUUGGAUGAGUUCAACCCCAUCAUUGAAGGAGAUGUAGGAGAGUUCUUGAUCAACGCAGCGCAGGAUGGAGCCUGGGCCGGGUACCCUGAGCUUCUCGCCAUGAGCCAGAUGCUGAAUGUCAACAUCCACCUGACAACGGGGGGGAGCUUGGAGAGCCCCACUGUCUCCACCAUGGUGCACUAUCUCGGGGAGGAUGCUGCUUCCAAAGCUGCUAUCUGGCUGAGUUGGCUCAGCAACGGUCACUACGACGUCCUCUUGGACAGGUGUCUCCCCAACCCAGAGUAUGAAGACUGGUGCAGACACUCGCAGAUGCAGAGGAAAAGAGAUGAGGAACUGGCAAAGUCAAUGGCAGCCUCAUUAUCCAAAAUGUACAUUGAGCAAAAUGGAUCUGCGUGAAGGAAAUAUGUCGGGAGUUAAAGGAUGCACUCUUACAGUAGAGUGUAGAACUCUUUUGUUUCUGCUUGGUUUCUACAUACUUAAACUGAUUUUUUUUCUAAGAUUUAUAUUGUGAGAGAAAGGAAGUGCAGUGCACAAACUUAGGAUUUUGUAUAUGCUAACAUCGACAAAUUACUGGCAGUUUUCACUGAAAGUGUUUGAAAGUUUGCGAGCCUGUUCUUCUGGAUACUGUGGGUCAUGUUAACAUGAGUGAAAUACUUUAAUAUUGUUACUGUACAUGUAAGUGCUUUUGAGUCUAUAGUAUUUAUUUGCCUCUUAAUGGCAGACCAGUUAUUUUUCUAUAAUGCCUAUGCUUUUUAUGCCAUCGCCAAAUAUUUUGAAAUGGCGAGAGACUUGGUUUGCAUUUUUGUCACUUAGCUACAUUGUUUAAUAUCUGUUUAGCAACUCUCUUUUGCACAAAGGUCUUAUCAGACUAGUUCAGAGAGUGUGAUUUGUGUCUGUGAGAACAAUUCAAGGGUUCUUUUUUUCUAAUAUUACAGUUCUUUUUAGGAUU